AUGGCAAGCUCCAUCGUUUGGCUAAUUUUGACAUACCUAGUGAACAAUGUGAAGGUGUCGGAGGCUCGAAUGUACAAUGACUCGUUCUUUGAAAGGAUUUUUGAAACUGCAUCAAACAGAUCAACUUCCUAUACUCUGGAUGACAGUACACUAGCAGACUGGCAGAUUCUGAUUGGAAAGAAGAAGUACGGGACAGAAUCGCAGAACGCGACUAUAAAAGCUUUGCUGAUCGUUGCAUAUUCGAUCAUCAUUGUUAUAUCCCUUUUCGGAAAUAUCCUCGUUUGCCAAGUUGUGGUAAAAAAUAAAAGGAUGCACUCCGCCACAAGUUUGUUCAUCGCGAACUUGGCCGUAGCUGACAUCCUUAUAACGCUGCUUAAUACUCCCUUCACUCUGGUUCGCUUUGUCAACAGCACCUGGGUGUUCGGGAAAGGCAUGUGCCACAUCAGUAGAUUUGCUCAGUAUUGCUCUUUGCAUGUCUCAACGCUCACACUUACGGCAAUUGCGCUGGACAGACGCCAGGUCAUUUUACAUCCUCUAAAGCCCAGGAUGUCAACAACACAGGGAAUCAUCUACGUCGUGGUCAUCUGGCUGAUGGCCAGCUGUUUCUCUCUUCCGCACGCCAUCUAUCAGAAGCUCUUCACGUUCGUGUACAGCAAGGAUGUGCUACGCAGCCUGUGUGUCCCUGACUUUCCCGAGCCCUCCAAUCUCUAUUGGAAGUACAUCGAUCUGGCGACCUUCAUCCUGCUUUACAUGCUGCCGCUUCUCAUCAUCACAGUGGCUUACACCACGGUUGCCAGGCGGCUGUGGCAGAGGAACGCCAUCGGCGACGUCACCACAGAGCAGUACUUGGCACAGCGCAGGAAGCGGAGGAAGACGCUGAAGAUGCUGAUGGCAGUGGUGGCGGUGUUCGCUGUGUGCUGGUUCCCCCUCAACUGCUACGUGGUGUUGCUGUCAAGCCAAGCCAUCCGCAGCAACAACGCCCUCUACUUCAGUUUUCACUGGUUCGCCAUGAGCAGCACGUGCUACAACCCGUUCAUCUACUGCUGGCUCAACAGCAACUUCCGCUCCGAGUUCAAGUGCCUUGUGGGCAUUUUCAGGAAGACGCGCUCCGGUGCUGUGACCGUUCCGCUACCACGUCCCUCCAGUGCUCAUUGCCUCAGCCGGCGGGUAGCCUGGCCUGAGAGUCACACUCUGCUGCAAACCUCAUGUGUUAAGGAGAGCCGGCAUGUCCUGACCUCUGCCUGUGACACCCAGUCAGGAAAGACUGAUAUUCUCUGUGUAGAGCCCAUCGUGGCCGUCAGCUGA